GCAUUUGGCGUUGUGUGUUGGCAACGACAAGAUGGUGGGGGGGUCUGGCGGCGAUAUGAAAUGUUGUCUGCGAAACAAUUUUGAAAAUUUGUGAAAGAAAUCGCUGACCUGACUGUAAAAAUGAUAUUUUUGCGUAUUAGUAACUUAUUUCCGAGGGCGGCGCAUGUGAAUUAUCAAAGUUUCCGUCGGUUUACGAAAAUAUCAGCGUUAAUUGAGUCCAAACCAGUUGGGAAUCAUAUUAAAGUACAGGGAUGGAUUAAAUCUAAACGAAAAAUGAAAGCAUUGACUUUUAUUGACGUUGCGGAUGGAUCUACAGCUGAAAAACUGCAAGUUGCCCUUCCAAAAAAUAUUCUUCCUCAAUUUGAUGUUGGAGCUUCUGUUAAGAUUGACGGAACUGUCCAAACAUUUGGAAGUAAGGGGCAAAUAGAAAUUUUAGCAGAUAAUGUUGAAGUCAUUGGAUCAUGCAAUCAUAAUGACGGUUACCCUUUCGCGCCAAAGUCGACAUAUAGCAUGGAGUAUGUUCGUCAACAUCUGCAGUUUAGGCCUCGAACUAAUCUAUUCAGUUCUGUGUUAAGAAUACGAAGUUGUGCAUCUAAUGCAUUUAGAGAUCAUCUGUGUAAACAAGGCUUCUAUGAAGUUAAUACCCCAAUCCUUACAUCAUUUGACUGUGAAGGUGGAGGAGAGGUCUUCUCUGUUAAACCAGAUAGCAAAAAUCUGCUUAAAACUAUGGCGAAAACGGGUGUUUCAGAGGAUGAAGCCUUCUUUGAUUCCAAGACAUACCUAACCGUUUCAGGUCAAAUGCAUCUAGAGUCUGCUGUCAGGGGUUUAGGACAAGUGUACACAUUUGGUCCAACAUUUCGAGCCGAAAACUCAAAAUCACGUCUUCAUUUAGCCGAAUUUAACAUGCUAGAAACAGAAGAAGUUCUAAGCAGUAGCUCAAUAGAACCUGUAUUGUCUACCAUAGAAAGUAUGCUGAGAAAUGUCACUCAACGUAUCUUAGAUUCUACUCAAGCUGAUCUAGAAUGCAUUAGAAAAGUUCAAAUCCAUCAGAAAACAAGUGGUGCCGAUGUGUUGGAGUAUGAGGUUGAGCCCUUAAAUGAAGAGGGCAUUAAGAACACUUUCCUUUCCAAUGACCCGUACACAGUAAUGUCCUACAAGGAAGCAUUUGACAUUUUGUCCAGAUCAAAGACAAAUUUUAAAGUUAGGCCAGCUUUUGAGGAUGGACUUUCUAAAGAACAUGAACUUUAUCUUGUGAAGCAUAACUCCAACAGACCGAUAUUCGUUGUGGAUUGGCCUGCCCAUUUAAAAGCAUUCUAUAUGAAGAGGUCAAAAGACAAUUCCACAGUAGCUGCUGUUGAUCUUCUUGUGCCAGUUGUUGGAGAACUCUGUGGUGGCAGUGUCAGGGAGGACAAUGUGGAAUUAUUGUCAUCUGUUCUAAAAGAACGAGGAUUAGAGGAAAAAAUGUCCUGGUAUGUUGAUUUACGUAGAUUUGGAAAUGUCACCACUGGUGGCUUUGGUAUGGGGUAUGAACGGUACCUUCAGUGCUUGCUAAACAUACCAAACAUUAAAGAUGUGAUACCCUAUCCUCGGUGGCCUCACAACUGCCAAAUGUGAUAUUAAAGUAUAAUAAUAAUAAAAAUCAAGCGUCGAA